CGUCUACACAGCCCACAAAACCCUCUAUUUUCACCCCUCCGCAUUUGUUUGAAAAAUUAAACGUCUUUUACAAAUUUUACAAGUUACAACAAGCUCCAAUCUCCAGAACUUAGGGUUUCCUGAUCGCCGUCCGUCGUGAGAAGAGAUGGGUAAGAUUCCGGUGAAGAUGAAGAUGGUGCAGUACGCUUUGUCUCCGUACCAGCAGAAGGUGAUGCCUGGAUUAUGGAAAGAUCUGCCCGGAAAACUUAGCCACAAGGUGACGGAGAAUUAUAUCAGCACCACCCUUUUGCUCGGACCUCUCGUCGGAGUUUACUCCUAUGUUCAGUGGUACCUAGAGAAGGAAAAAUUGUCUCAUCGCUUUUAGAUCUUUCGAGGUCCUUCUCCUUUUUCUCUCUCCUAUCUCCGAGUCGCCUUUUUGUUACGGAUGGAUUUGUAAGUUGUUUUGCAAUUGGAUUUAUGAUGGUUUAAGCGUGAAUUGUCAUAAAUAUUGAACUAAAGUUUCAAUAAAUUUGUAUUUGUUUAACGAAAUUUGGGUGUGUUUAGCUUCGAUUGUGUUGAUAUUUGGUGAUGUUACAUGUUGAAAUAAUAAAUAUGGAGCUGGAUCAAUUGUUUUCUGUA